GAAUGGUGCAAGUCCCAAAUAGCAGCCAAUGGUAGCAUCCUUUUACGUCCACGUGUGUGAGUGACAUUGUCACCUUUCAACUCUCUCGCCUUGUUUCACAAGAUUGCAGCAUAUGACGUGUACCCUUUCACCACCUCCAAAAUUACAACUUCUCCACACCCUUCAAUUUUUCUCUUUUCCUUUCUCCGCAAAAUCUCAUAUCACUUCAAUAAAAUAAAAUUUGGACUUAUUAUUAUUAUUAUUUGAUUUAAGCUCCUUUUUCUGUCACCAUGGCUCUUCAUAUAAGCAAUGCUUGUUUUACUGUUAUGGGUCACUCUAGAGUUCAAAGAAUAAAAUCUGUUGCUUCAGAAGGUUCUUCUACUCUUAAUAAAACAGUUGAAGACAAGUUGAAACUGGGUGGUUCUGAUUUGAAGGUUACAACUAUUGGAAUUGGAGCUUGGUCAUGGGGUGAUACUACUUACUGGAACAAUUUUCAGUGGAAUGACAGGAAUGAGAAGGCUGCUAAAGAUGCUUUCAAUGCAAGUAUUGAUGGAGGUCUAACCUUUUUUGACACUGCUGAAGUUUAUGGCUCUGGGUUUUCUUUUGGAGCCAUAAAUUCAGAGACUCUUCUUGGAAGAUUUAUUAGAGAAAGAAAAGAAAAGGAUCCUAAUGUUGACGUUGCCGUUGCAACCAAGUUUGCUGCAUUGCCAUGGAGAUUCGGCCGUGAAAGUGUUCUCACUGCGCUUAAAGAUUCUCUUUUUCGACUCGGAUUGACUUCAGUUGAUCUGUAUCAGCUUCAUUGGCCUGGAGUAUGGGGAAAUGAAGGGUAUAUUGACGGGUUAGGGGAUGCUGUUGAAAAAGGACUUGUGAAAGCUGUUGGUGUUUCAAACUAUAGUGAAAAGCGACUCCGCGAGGCUUAUGAAAAGCUCAAAAAGAGAGGUAUUCCAUUGGCUUCGAACCAAGUAAACUACAGCCUCAUCUAUAGAGCCCCUGAAGAAAAUGGUGUGAAGGCUGCUUGUGAUGAACUUGGGAUUUCAUUGAUUGCAUAUUCACCAAUAGCUCAAGGUGUUCUUACUGGAAAGUAUACUCCUCAAAAGCCGCCUAGUGGGCCUCGAGGUAGAAUUUAUACUCCAGAAUUCCUUACAAAGCUCCAACCUUUGCUGAACAAGAUCACUGAAAUAGGAGAGAAGUACAAUAAAACAAAUACACAGGUAUCCCUGAACUGGCUUGUAGCUCAAGGCAAUGUUAUACCAAUUCCUGGUGCUAAGACACCAGAACAAGCUGAAGAAUUUAAAGGUGCACUUGGGUGGAGAUUGACUAAUGAAGAGGUAGCAGAGCUAAGAAGUUUGGCUUCAACAAUUAAGUCUGUUAUUGGAUUUCCUGUUGAAAAACUCUGAAGCAUGGUUAAGCACUUAAUAGUUUCAGCAUACACCUCUAUUAUCAUUUGUAAAGUUAUGUAGUCAAUCAAAAGGUUGCAAUCAUAUAGUAAAUUGAAAAUCGAAAGCAAUUGAUAUUUUAUUAUAGUUGCUUAAUAUAUACAAGGUAUAGUUCCCUUUUUAUUCUA